AUGAUACAUGCACCAGGUAUGAAUCCGUUGAUUCGAACAGAUGAAAACGGAAAAACAUGUCGGAUUAAUUUAACUAUUCCGUACGGAACUCAUGAAUUUCCUCAUCGAAGUCAAAAAAGUGAAGUAUGCGUUCCGGAAGGUGGAAAAUUUGAAAGGAUAACAUUGACAGAAUGCGACGACGAUGCUGAUCCGAUAAUUCGUACUGUAACAAUAUUACGUGGUGCAAAAUGCGUCUGCAAAGCGUACGUUAGAAAAUUUAUCAAGCAUUAA